UUCUCUGUUGACUUGUUUUCAGAUUUUUUGGAGGUUAUAAAAUUCAAGAUUGUUUUUGAUCAAUAAACAGGAACAGGAAUUAAAAUAACUACUUUGUACACUUAUUAAUUGAUGUACAUUUCAACUAUUAACUUUUAUCAUCAUGGCAUCUCACCCUAGAACAGAACCUAACAUACUUGUAACAGGCACUCCAGGUGUAGGGAAAUCCACAUUAUGUAAAUUGUUGGCAGAAAGAACCAAGUUUACCUGGCGUGAAGUGUCAAAACUUGCAGAGGAAUACAGCUGUUUAGACGAGUAUGACCCAGAAUACCAGUGCCCGUUCCUGAAUGAAGAUAAGUUAUUGGACAUUAUGGAAGGCCAGAUGGCUAAAGGUGGCAAUAUAGUAGACUACCACGGCUGCGAGUUCUUCCCUGAAAGGUGGUUUGAUGCAGUAUUUGUUAUAAGAACAAAUAAUACAAUACUGUUUGACAGACUCACAGCAAGAGGUUAUGCCGGUAAAAAAUUGGAAGACAACAUACAGUGCGAGAUAUUUGAGACACUACUGGAGGAAGCGCAAUCCUCUUACAAGCCAGAAAUAGUAACAGAACUACAGAAUGAUACCGAGGAACAACUUCAGAAGAAUGUUGAGAACAUUGUCCAAUGGAUAGAGAGAUGGAAAGAGGAAUCCAUGUAAAUAAAUGCAUUAUUUUUC